AUGGCAUGCACGGAGACAUUCGCAGACUUGGCGUUACCACGGCUGAUGGAGUGGCGAGGCAAAGGAAGCCACCAUCCUGGAGCUGGGCCGUGCAUGGCUCUAAUCAACAGCGAAACCGUCGAAACCUUUGAGAAUCUCGAGGACAAGUGCAGACAUCAUUUGCACUUCCACUUCUUCCUCUCUGACUGCUACGCGGUCGUAGAUCUAUGGCGUCUGAUGUCCGACAGCACCUUUUACAAGGAGUUAUUUGGUGCUCAAGUCAGAAGUUUGCCCAUGGAUUGGCCUGGUGGGACACAGCCAGGUGCUGCCCAGGUGGCUCUUUGGCAUUAUCGGAAAUGCAAAGCUGGACAUGGCAUGUACAUUGGAGUCUAUUUCAAUGCCAUCGCUGAAGAUGCAGUCGGAUACGAGCUAGGCAUGUGCUUGCCGUCUAUGAGCACGCACUGGCACCUUGCAAGGGAACAGUUGGUUCGUUGGUGGUUGGCUUUCCAGAUGGGGACUUUGCACCCAGAACUGGAAAUAGAUGCCGGCAGCCUCAAAAUUGCCGAACUUGCGCAUCGCUCAGAAGUUCCUGUCGACUGGGCCAUUAUCGGUCUCGGAAGGAGCGGUACCAGCUCUCUUGCGGCAUGGUUGGACACGCAUCCACAGCUUGAGCUGUUUCGUGACAAGACCGACUCCUUCAACGAGGGUGCCUUCCACUACCUGUUCCGGCGGACCAACCUAGAGCACUUGGUCAGGCGAGACAGCCUGUCCCAGAAUCCUGCAAAAACUGGAAGGCGGAAGCGGCGAAUACUAGCAGGAUUCAAAGAGCCGCAUCUGCUUCAGCAGGAGCGGGGGAGACUUAUCCUGGCCGAAAUGCAGCACGUGAAGUUGUUGGUGAUUGUCAAGAACUGGGCUGAUUGGCUGAAAAGCCACGUGCUCUUUGCUGGCGCGACCAACUGCUUUCCAAGAACCCUUGCAGAGCUUCCUGAUGAUUCCGAGGUAACCUCAUGUGGCUUCUCCUUCGAGUCUGGCCAUGUCGUGCCAAAGAUGCAGGACUUGGAAUCGAAAGGAGUGGCUGUGUACCAGAUGAAGCUGGUGCACCUCGAUACACUGAUGGAAGAGGGAGAGGCGGCUCUCCAACGGAUCGCUGCCUUCCUUGGGGCCCGGGCGGGUGCAGCGAAUCGCUCCUUUCAAGAGCGGGCUGCUGCUGUGCCUCUGCCACAGCAAGGCAACGUCAGCACCAACGAGGCCGCUUUCUGGAAGGAAUGGUGUGAGCUGCCGCAAGAUAUGGCUCUGAAGCUUGAGCGACGACGAGAGGCUGCAACAGCCGGGCUGGCAGAGAUCUUGCUCAGAAGCCUCGAACCUGUGCCAGCAUCUCUUCUGCGACCGGAGCCCUUGAAGGACUACGCCUGUAAACGCGCACUAGAUCGAAAAGCUCGCUGA